AUGGCUGAGAACGCGGCAGACCAGUCUGAACCACAUGUGAAUGGUAGUUCCAACGGUGGAGCAGUUACCGCUACAGAUGCCGAACAAGUCUCUUCUUCCACUACUUCUGUUAAGCGCAAGAUUGAUGAGCUGAGCUCGUCCGAACAGUCACUGGAAGUCCGAGAAGACAAACGUCGGAAAGGGACGGCGCCGAUCAAAGCCGAGUUUCUCGUCGCCGCAGAAGAGAUUGUGGAGGCUCGGCCUGCCCAAGACGAGGCUGACGACGAUGCCGCCGAAGCAUUUCACCACCAGGACAGACAACCUGUGAGCAACAACUCCAAAGGUAAACGACGUGAAAAGGCCAAAGGGCAGAAUAAGGCCCGCGAGUAUGGUCGGUCCAGAGAUGAAGUAGGCCUGUGUUCGACCCGGGUACACCGCCCCGAGUUCUCUCCAGAGCCAUGUCUCUACGGUGACAAAUGUCGUUUCGAGCAUGACCUGCGCAAGUACUUGAAACAGCACAAGCGUGAAGACCUCACCACCUUCAACGGCCUGUGUCCCGUCUGGGAGACGAAAGGAAGGUGUCCUGGCGGCUGGAAAUGUCGAUUUGUCGGUUCUCAUUCCAAAGAGGUCGAACAUGAUGACGGACGGCGAGAACUAGUCUUAGUCGAAGACCCGGAGCGGAUUGCGAAGUACAGCCAGACGUUUUCUGAAGGCGAAGAAGCCGGGGUCGCCAACGUUCUUUCGCCCCAACAACGCAUGGACUUGACCAAGAGACGAAUCACCACGCCCAAAUCCGAUGCGUGUCUCAGCUGGAUGGACAAACAGACCAAGAACCCGUCGGACCAAGGUCGCAAAGGGCAAGACAACGCGUCUCUACGCAACUCGUCGUCACCAGAGCCGGGAGACGGCCGCAAGGAGACGAACGGGGAGAGUCAAGCCGAUUCACGAGCUGCUUUCCAGGAUCCUCCUUUACGACCCUCAGAAAAGCGCCGGCUGUACUUUGGGUCCGAGACGCCGGUUCUAGCCCCUCUGACUACGCAGGGCAACCUGCCUUUCCGACGGCUAUGUAGUUCUCUAGGCGCCACAUUCACCUAUUCGGAAAUGGCCAUGUCGUUACCGCUGCUACAAGGGCAGAAAUCAGAGUGGGCUCUUCUCAAAGCACACCAGUCGGAAGUGCAGCCACCGACCUUUACGAUCAAAGGCACGCCAAACAUUGUGUACGACUACGACCAGAGCCAGGAUCUACGCUUCGGCGCCCAGAUCGCAGCCAAUAAACCUUGGUUGGCCGUCAAGGCCACGGAAGUCCUGACGACUCUCCUGCCCAAAGGGUUAAGAGUGGUUGAUCUCAACGUCGGCUGUCCCAUUGACCUGGUGUACCGAGAAGGAGCUGGAUCGGCGCUGAUGGACCAGCCGAACAAAUUGGAAAAGAUGCUUCGCGGAAUGAACAUGGUGUCUGGCGAAACGCCAGUCACGGUGAAAAUCCGCACGGGGACCCGGGACAGACAGCCGACGGCACAGAAGCUGGUGGAGAGGCUUGUGCUGGGCAGCGAGCACUCUCGAGGAAACCCUUGUGGAGUCGCGGCAAUCACUCUUCACGGCCGUUCCAGGCAGCAGAGAUACACGCGCUCGGCAGACUGGGAGUAUAUCUCCGAAACGGCCGCCCUGAUCAAGAGUCUCAACGAGAAGGUCGAUGCGCUGGCCGACACCAUUCGCGAGCCAGACGAGCGAGACCAGCCGAACGGACAUCAAGGUUCGAAGAACGGAAAAGUCUGGUUCAUCGGCAACGGCGACGUCUACUCUCACGAGCACUACUACGACCAUAUCAAGCAUGCGGGAGUCGACGGGGUCAUGGCGGCUCGCGGAGCACUGAUCAAGCCAUGGCUGUUCGAGGAGAUCGCGGCCGGCCAGUAUCUGGACAAAUCGUCUUCCGAACGGCUACGCAUCAUCGAGCAGUUCUGCAGGUAUGGGUUGGAAGCCUGGGGCAGUGACGAGAUGGGAGUCGGACAGACGCGGCGGUUUUUGCUGGAGUGGCUCAGUUUCGCGUGUCGCUAUGUCCCGGUCGGCAUGCUGGAGUAUCUGCCGCCCAACAUCCAAGAUCGACCGCCACGGUUCCGGGGACGGGAUGAACUGGAGACGUUGAUGGCAAGCGACAAUUACAAGGACUGGAUCAAAAUUAGUGAGAUGUUCCUAGGCCCGGCACACCCCGAUUUCCGCUUCGAGCCGAAACACAAGUCCAACAGCUAUGAGAUUCAAGCUGAGGGAUGA